CCCCUUUUCCAUCAUCUUUUUUUUCAUCUCUAAUAUAAUCUCUUAUAUAUAAAGUCAUAAACUCUGUGUCUCUCUGAUGUGUUGGGGGAGUGUUGUCGCGAUUAUACAGUUAGGGCUCUACUGUGUUCGAUUUAGGAAUCGGAAGAAGCUAUUAUUGGAUUUAUAUGUUGAUACAAGAUCUUGAUUGUUGUUUGAUUCAUUGAAGCUCACAUCGGAAUACAUGCGGAGUUCGAUCGAGUUCUGUAUAUGAGUGUUGUGCUUUGGAGAGAUUCAGAGAGUGAUGUUGUUCUGAUUUACUGCACGAUCAGCAGCUUUUGAAGAGAAUGGAAGACGACUUUUAGUAUAAGACGGAGUCAAAUUAAGGAUUUUACAGAGUGAGAGAGAAGGGCUGGCGGUGGAGGUCCAUGUUUGAUUAUUGAUUUUGACAGAGGUCUUAUGCCUGAUUGUCAUCGAGGACUAUUAUCUUUACACAAAUUAUAUAUGGAAAGGAAGGCUUGGUGGGUCGUUUGAAGCUCAAGAAAAUAAUCUUCAAUAUUCAAUAAGUAUGUAUUUUUAUCGACUUCUGCAUGUGAUGGAGCACGGUUAGCAUCCUUGGCUUUUGAACGACUCUUCAGUAUUGCUUCGCUCUGGAAACUGGAAGUUUAGCUAUCCCAGUUGCUGACAUUUAGUGGUUGGGGAAGGUUCAUCUUCAGCCAUGCCUUCUUUACAACUAUUACAGCUAACCGAGCAUGGUCGAAGCAUUUUGGCCUCAAGGAGGAAGACUCUGCUGCUUGCAUCUGGAAUCAUAAUCGCUGGUGGAACGGCUGCGUAUAUGCAAUCACGGUAUAGCUGUAAAAGGCCUAAUGCUUUGGAUCAAUGCAAUGGGCUCAGUGAUCAUACAGAACCAUCAAACGAUGUGGUUGGAAGUGAUAAUAUUGUAAAAAAAAGUAGGCAAAAGAAAGGAGGAUUAAGGUCACUUCAGGUUUUAGCUGCAAUUCUUCUAUCUCAUAUGGGCCGAAUGGGGGCAAGAGACCUUCUAGCUUUAGUUUCUAUAGUGGUGUUACGAACUGCUUUAAGCAAUAGAUUAGCAAAAGUGCAAGGAUUCCUAUUCCGUGCUGCUUUUCUUCGGCGCGUACCUACCUUUAUUCGUCUGAUUUGUGAAAAUCUUCUACUGUGUUUUCUUCAGUCAACUAUUUAUUCUACAUCUAAGUACAUAACAGGGACCUUGAGUUUGCGGUUCAGAAAAAUAUUGACAAAGCUUAUCCAUGCACAAUAUUUUCAGAAUAUGGUAUACUACAAAAUAUCACAUGUUGAUGGUAGGAUAACUAAUCCAGAGCAACGAAUUGCAAGUGAUGUACCAAGGUUCUGUUCAGAGUUGAGUGACCUUGUGCAGGAUGAUCUCACUGCAGUUACUGACGGUUUGCUCUAUACUUGGCGCCUAUGUUCAUAUGCAAGCCCAAAAUAUGUAUUCUGGAUAUUGGCCUAUGUAUUAGGAGCAGGGACCGCAAUCAGAAACUUUUCUCCUGCAUUUGGAAAACUAAUGUCUAAAGAACAACAAUUGGAAGGAGAGUAUCGACAACUUCACUCACGGUUAAGGACCCAUGCAGAGAGCAUAGCAUUUUAUGGUGGUGAAAGUAGAGAAGAAUCUCAUAUUCAGCGAAAGUUUAAGACUCUUGUGCGGCACUUGAGUGUUGUUCUACAUGACCAUUGGUGGUUUGGCAUGAUUCAAGAUUUCUUAUUAAAGUAUCUUGGUGCUACUGUUGCUGUUAUCCUGAUUAUUGAGCCCUUCUUUUCUGGCAAUUUAAGACCUGACACUUCAACUUUAGGACGAGCAGAGAUGCUGAGCAAUCUAAGAUAUCAUACUAGUGUUAUAAUAUCACUUUUUCAGUCCCUGGGAACUCUUUCCAUCAGUUCAAGGCGGCUUAAUCGUCUAAGUGGUUAUGCGGAUCGUAUUCAUGAACUCAUGAUUGUAUCGCGAGAGUUAAGCAUUAAUGAUAUAUCUUCUCCGCGAAGAAACGGGAGCAGGAAUUACGUGACUGAAGCUAAUUACAUUGAGUUUGAUGGUGUUAAGGUUGUUACCCCAACUGGUAAUGUUCUGGUGGAGGAUUUGACUCUAAGGGUUGAAUCAGGAUCUAAUCUUUUGAUCACAGGUCCGAAUGGUAGCGGCAAGAGCUCGCUUUUCCGAGUUUUAGGUGGCCUUUGGCCAUUAGUUUCUGGUCAUAUUGUGAAACCUGGGAUUGGUUCUGAUCUGAAUAAGGAGAUUUUCUAUGUGCCACAACGACCAUAUACGGCUUUAGGAACACUACGCGACCAGUUAAUCUAUCCUCUUACUGCAGAUCAAGAGGUUGAACCGCUCAUGCAUAGUGGAAUGGUUGAGCUGUUGAAAAAUGUUGACCUUGAAUAUCUUUUAGAUCGUUACCCACCUGAAAAAGAGAUAAAUUGGGGUGAUGAACUAUCUCUUGGUGAGCAGCAAAGAUUGGGAAUGGCCAGACUCUUCUACCAUAAACCCAAAUUUGCUAUUCUUGAUGAAUGUACCAGUGCUGUGACGACUGAUAUGGAAGAGCGCUUCUGUGCUAAAGUUCGAGCCAUGGGAACAUCUUGCAUAACUAUAUCCCAUCGCCCUGCACUAGUUGCAUUUCAUGACGUGAUCUUGUCCUUAGAUGGUGAAGGAGGCUGGAAUGUUCAUUACAAGAGGGAUGAUUCUCCAGUUCUUACUUCAGCUGGGUUCAAUAGUAUGAAGUCAUCUGAGACAGACCGCCAAAGUGAUGCAAUCGCAGUUCAACGUGCAUUUGCCAAUACAAAAAAGGAUUCUGCAUUCUCAAAUUCAAAGGAACAAUCAUAUAUUUCAGAGUUAAUAGCAGCGUCUCCCUCUUGGGAUCAUGAUGUUCCAUUGCCCAUCAUUCCACAACUCGGAACUGCUCAAAGGAUGCUGCCAUUGAGAGUCGCUGCCAUGUUUAAAGUACUGGUUCCCUCAGUACUUGAUAAACAGGGGGCACAACUCCUUGCAGUUGCUGUUCUUGUGGUCUCAAGAACUUGGAUAUCAGAUCGUAUUGCCUCUUUAAAUGGGACUACCGUUAGGUACGUUUUAGAGCAAGAUAAGGCAUCCUUUAUUCGGUUGAUUGGUGUGAGUGUUCUUCAAAGUGCUGCAUCGUCGUUCAUUGCACCGUCUUUAAGGCACUUGACGGCCAGACUUGCCCUUGGAUGGAGGAUUCGUUUGACUCAACAUUUACUGAGGAACUACUUAAGAAAGAACGCAUACUACAAGGUAUUCCACAUGUCAAGCAUAAAUGUUGAUGCAGAUCAGAGAAUGACACAAGAUUUGGAGAAAUUAACAACUGAUUUGUCAGGGCUGCUUACUGGAAUGGUAAAACCAUCUGUCGACAUUUUAUGGUUCACCUGGAGAAUGAAGCUAUUAACAGGUCGAAGGGGAGUUGCUAUAUUAUAUGCUUAUAUGUUACUGGGUCUGGGUUUUCUGAGGAGUGUUACUCCUGAUUUUGGUGACCUGGGAAGUCGAGAACAACAACUUGAGGGAACCUUUAGAUUCAUGCAUGAGAGAUUGCGUACGCAUGCCGAAUCCAUUGCUUUCUUUGGGGGUGGUGCUAGAGAAAAAGCGAUGGUUGAAUCAAGAUUUGGGGAACUUCUCGAUCACUCUGCGUUACUUCUAAGGAAGAAAUGGCUAUAUGGUAUGCUGGAUGACUUUAUCACUAAACAACUCCCACACAAUGUUACCUGGGGUUUGAGUUUGUUAUAUGCUAUGGAACACAAGGGAGAUCGAGCCUUGACUUCAACUCAAGGUGAGCUGGCUCAUGCACUGCGGUUCUUAGCAUCUGUUGUAUCUCAAAGCUUUUUAGCUUUUGGCGACAUUCUUGAACUACAUAGAAAAUUCCUUGAGCUAUCGGGGGGUAUUAAUCGGAUUUUUGAGCUUGAAGAACUUCUAGAUGCUGCUCAAUCUGGGGAACCUGUUGGUGGCACUUCUUCUCCACAUAAGGCGGCUGAAUCUCACUCUGGUGAUAUCAUUUCCUUCUCGAAGGUCGACAUCAUUACCCCAGCACAGAAAUUGUUGGCUCGGGAGUUGACAUGUGAUAUCCUACCAGGAAACAGCCUACUUCUUACUGGUCCAAAUGGGAGUGGGAAAAGUUCCUUCUUUAGAGUCCUUCGAGGUCUUUGGCCCAUCGCCAGUGGUAGACUUGUUAAACCAUUCCAAAAUAUUUACAAGGAAUCUGGAUCUGGUUGCGGGGUCUUUUAUGUUCCUCAACGACCAUACACAUGCUUAGGAACCCUGAGGGAUCAAAUUAUAUAUCCUCUCUCCUGUGAAGAAGCCGAGGAAAGGACGUUAAGUUUGCACAGAAAAGGUCAAAAACCCGUUGAUGACACAAACAUUCUGGAUGCACAUUUGAAAACUAUUCUUGAGAAGGUUAAACUGCUCUAUCUUCUGGAUAGAGAAGGCGGUGGGUGGGAUGCUAAUCAGAACUGGGAGGACAUCCUAUCUCUUGGGGAACAGCAGAGAUUAGGCAUGGCACGUCUGUUCUUUCACAAGCCUAAUUUUGGCAUCCUUGAUGAGUGCACCAAUGCUACAAGUGUUGACGUUGAAGAACACCUUUAUAGACUAGCAACUGAUAUGGGCAUCACGUUCAUAACAUCCUCGCAGCGGCCUGCUUUAAUACCGUUCCAUUCAAAGGAAUUGCGGUUGAUCGAUGGGGAGGGUAGGUGGGAGCUUCGUUCUAUUAAGCAGUGACUCGAGAAUGUCUAUCCCCUUGGCUGUCUUGCCCAAAUGUAAUGUAGUGUAAUUUCCUGCAUUUGGUGGAGUGAUUGGUGGUGGGCGCAAGCCAACGUAGACUGAGACAGACGUCCAGGAGGAAGUGAUUAGUUUGGUCAUACCACAUGAUGUGUGGUAGCAUCCCAUGUCAAAUAAUGAAGGGCCAAAGAGCAGAACCAGGUGGUAGUAUUAUUAUAUGAACUGUUGAAUCAAAUCACAGAAAAUAAGGUUAGAGCAUAGAGCAUGUAUUGAUUUUUUUGUAAUCUAUGGGAAAAGGAAGAAACUAUGUAUAGCAAUUUUUUAACUAUUGGUUCUUAAAUGUUGUAAAAACAUGAUGCCUUAUUGGCCCCCAUCACUCACUAGUAUCAAGUGUUCUCAUCCUAAUUUCAUGCCCACAAUAAACAUUGCCAGA